UAUCAGAAGUUUAAAAGGUUGGUCAAUCACAUAACUGUUUCUCUAGUUGUUGUUAACUUCAAGGAAGCAAGAUCUUGCAUUCUCUUCUAAGCACAAGGAACCCUCAAGAUGAAUCCUCACACGGUUAUAAACCAGCCACAGAUGACAGUGACCCAACAUCAAAGCUGUGAAUGGCAAACCGACUUAUUCGAUUGUUUCAAUGACUGGGGAGUGUGUUUCUGUGGAAUGUGUUGUCCCCUAUGUCUGGGAUGCCAAAUUGCCUCAGAAUUGGACGAAUGCCCUCUUUGUGGCAUAACCAUGGCCUUUAGAACUCUCUAUCGGACAAGAUAUGGCAUUCCGGGAUCCCUCCUGAGUGACUAUUUUGCAACAGCAUGUUGCACUUUUUGUAGUAUUUGCCAACUCAAGAGAGACAUCAAUAAACGAAAAGACAGGGGAAUCUUCUAAAAAGGUUGGUGUUUACUCA